AGCGUUGGGCGCCCCGCCCCUUUGGAACGCUGAUACAAGAUGGUGGCUGAGUGGCGGCGAGAGGCACUUGGAUGAAGCGCAAUCAGAAUCCCUCUGGUUCUGUCACGAAUGGCUUCACUGCCUCCUCUCCCAACUCUGGCCCUUCAACUGGGGACAGGAAUGAAAGCUUUCUGCCAUUUGGGAAUAGCCUGACAACAAUGCUAGCCACUCGGAGGAAAAAGCUGGUCAGGAGGCCCAUGGCCGACACACGAGGGGGGACCAUCAAAGUGGAUCUCCCCAAUCAACAAAGAACAGUGGUGACUGUCCGGCCAGGUACGACUGUCUACAGUUCCUUGGACAAGGCCCUGAAGGUGCGUGGCCUCAACCAGGACUGCUGCGUUGUCUACAGGAAAGCGGGCGAUGGGCGGAAGACCAUCACGGAUUGGGAAACAGACCUGGUGAAUCUGGAAGGAGCUGAGCUCUCUGUGGAAGUCCUGGAAAAUGUACCGCUUACGAUGCACAAUUUUGUCCGGAAGACCUACUUCCGCAUGGUUUUUUGUGAUUUUUGCCUUAAGUUCCUGUUUCAUGGCUUCCGCUGCCAGACAUGUGGCUACAAGUUCCAUGAACACUGCAGCAGCAGAGUGCCUACAGUCUGUGUGGACCUAGCUACGACACAUAAGCCUGUGUAUAGCCAUGAACUAUGGCAGUAUCCUUCACUGUGGCCAGAUAAUGCCUCGGCUGCCCUAGUCCAGCCUAUCCAUGAACCUAUGACCCCUCAACCUGUCAGCUCACACAAGCAAUCUUCCCUCAGCAAAGAUGCCUUCAGCUUCCCCAAUCUCUGUGGUGAUGGGCAGCGCCUGCAGCGACACCGCUCAACUUCCACCCCUAAUGUUCACAUGGUCAGCACCACCAGCCCUGUGGACAGCAGCAUCCUUGAGAUUAUAAGCAGGAGCCACAAUGCAGAGGCCUUAGGUGGGCCUGAGCUGCCUCCUCGCACGCCACCAGCUACCCCAGUUUCCAGCAUGCCUGCUGUUUCUCCAGGCCGACGCUCCCCACACCCUAAAUCCCCUGGCGAGUCCCCAAGAGAGCGCAAGGCCCCUUCAGAAGACAAGAAGAAACCUCCAAAAUUCUUGGGCUACCGAGACUCAAGUUAUUACUGGGAAGUGUCUUCCAAAGAGGUGACCAUGCAGAAGCGGAUUGGCACUGGAUCCUUUGGUACUGUUUUUAAGGGCCGCUGGCAUGGGGAUGUGGCAAUAAAGAUCCUCAAGGUCACUAACCCUACCAGUGAACAGGUGCAGGCCUUCAAGAAUGAGAUGCAAGUGCUAAGGAAGACGCGACAUGUGAACAUUUUGCUCUUCAUGGGGUUUAUGACCCACCCCAGCUUUGCCAUCAUAACCCAGUGGUGUGACGGUAGUAGCCUCUACCAGCACCUCCAUGUGCAGGAGACACCCCUGGAGAUGGUGCAGCGAAUCGAUGUGGCCCGGCAGACAGCACAGGGCAUGGAUUACCUUCAUGCUAAGAACAUAAUCCACCGGGAUCUCAAAUCCAACAGUAUCCUUCCCUUCCAGCUCUUCAGUGUCAGCAGUUACUCUGGUGCAGAGCAAAGUGGCAGGUCACCAUCUUGGGCCAAGACCUACUUGAUGCUCCUUCACCUAUCGUCCUCAGACAUUUUCCUACAUGAAGGACUGACAGUGAAGAUCGGUGACUUUGGCCUGGCCACAGUGAAGACCCGCUGGAGUGGUUCACAGCAGGUGGAACAGCCCAGUGGUUCCAUACUCUGGAUGGCACCAGAAGUGAUCCGAAUGCAGGAUCCUAACCCUUACAGCUUCCAGUCAGAUGUCUACUCCUAUGGAGUUGUUCUCUAUGAGCUGCUCUCUGGGAGCCUUCCCUACAGCCACAUCAAUAACCGGGACCAGAUUAUAUUCAUGGUGGGCAGGGGGUACCUGUUCCCUGACGUUAGCAAAGUGCCCAGCAAUUGUCCCAGAGCCAUGCGCAGGCUGAUGGGUGACUGUUUAAAAUUCAAGCGUGAAGAGAGACCCCUCUUCCCUCAGGUUUUAGCAUCAAUUGAGUCACUGCAGCACUCCUUGCCCAAGAUUGAGCGCAGUGCCUCGGAGCCCGCGCUCCACCGGGUGGCCUAUGAUGAAGAAAUGACCUUCUUUGGCCUGCCGUCAGCCCUACAGCUUCGCAGCUAACACAAUGCUUUUGGAGCUACAACCAGAUGCCCCCUUUUAGGGAGAGACAGGCCAUCAUCCCCUCCUUGUUACCCUUCCUGCAGAGGGCAGCAGAGGAAUCCCUCUUAAGAGGGCAGCAAUGGGGCACAGCCACUUGUUGACUCCUCCUCCCCCCACUUCUCUGCAUAUGGAGGGACUCUUUGGCUUUGCAGGGAGGCUCCCAUGUGACUCGCUAUCCCAAACAUGCAGAGUCAGGAGGUGUUCCCCAAGCCAAGAAGACAAGGUUAAGUCCCUACUGCAAGGUGACUUCUGUUCCAUCUUCCCCAGGUGAUUUUUUUUUUAAAGCUCUCAUCCUGCUUCAGUUUUUUUGGAGGGACAGGAACAGGAAAGAGUGGAAAGUUCAAUAGAAGAGAAAGAAUGAGGUGUAAAAACAAUAAAAAGGAAAAAUAACCAAA